CCCUUAUUAUUAGAUCCAACGGUUUACAUCUAAUCCCAUCAUUUAAUCCAACGGUUCAAACCACAACCUCGUAAUCUAAUAACCCUCUUAUACCCUCGCCGCAAUCUCCUCACACUCACAAAUUCAUCAUUCUUAUUCUUCAUUCAUCGAAACCAAAACGAAUUUGCCUCUUAGAGAGAGAGAGGGUGUAAUAAGUAAUUUAUUAACCUUGAAGAUGCAAUCAACAACCGGUUCUGAAUCGAAACCGACCGAACAGAGUAAUCAAACUCCACAACGGCCACCGAAAACGCCGCCGCAUUCGAUUACAGUUCCGCCGCCACAUCAACAGUGGGUUCCGAUGCAAUACCCGCCGGCGGCAAUGGUAAUGCCGCACCAUAUGUUACCGCCGCAACAUUAUGCACCGCCACCGCAUCAUUAUGUGCCUUAUCAUCACUAUCAGCAACACGUGCCUCACGUGCAUCAAGGAUCUAGUGUUGCUGAGAAUAAGACGAUCUGGGUCGGUGAUUUGCAGCAUUGGAUGGAUGAGAAUUAUCUUCACCGGUGUUUCGCUUCUAACGGCGAGAUUUUCUCAAUUAAGGUUAUUCGGAAUAAGCAAACUGGUCAACCGGAGGGUUAUGGAUUUGUGGAAUUUCAUUCACAUGUGAUCGCUGAGAAUGUUUUAGUGAAUUAUGCUGGGAUGUUGAUGCCUAACACAGACCAACCUUUUCGCCUUAACUGGGCAACAUUUAGCACAGGAGAUCACAAACGAUCAGAUAAUGUCCCUGAUCUUUCUCUUUUUGUAGGAGAUUUAGCUGCAGAUGUUACAGAUAGCACAUUGCUUGAAAUUUUUUCUAAUAAGUACCCUUCUGUUAAAGCUGCAAAAGUUGUUUUUGAUGCCAAUACCGGCCGUUCAAAGGGUUAUGGUUUCGUCAGGUUUGGAGAUGAUAAUGAGAGGUCUAAGGCCUUGAGUGAAAUGAAUGGUGUUUAUUGUUCUAGUAGGCCUAUGCGAAUUGGUGCUGCAACUCCUAGAAAAUCCUCUGGCUAUCAACAAGGAGGCCACUCAAAUGCCACAUCCAACCAAUCUGAAGGCGAUUCUACAAAUACAACUAUAUUUGUUGGAGGACUUGACCCUAGUGCUACUGCUGAAGAUCUUAGACAACCAUUCUCCCAGUAUGGUGAGAUAGUCUCUGUUAAGAUACCUGUUGGAAAAGGAUGUGGUUUUGUACAAUUUGCCAACAGAAAUAAUGCAGAAGAGGCAUUGCAAAAGCUAAAUGGUGCAACAGUUGGCAAGCAAACUGUUCGCCUUUCUUGGGGCCGCAAUCCGGCAAAUAAGCAGCAUAGAAUGGAUUUUGGUAGUCCCUGGAAUGGGGCCUAUUACGGGGGAGGACCUGUCUAUGAUGGUUAUGGAUAUGCUUUGCCGCACCCUCAUGACCCGGGCAUGUAUGCUGCUGCUUAUGGGGCUUACCCCAUUUAUGGAGGACAUCAACAGCAAGUAAGCUAAAAAAACUGCAAUGCAGAAGUAGUACUCACAACAUGUUUGAACGAGAAAAAUGAACUUUUCUCCCUUGUAACUUGCUUGAAUCCCUCCUAAUUGUGGAGUGGAGUUGAAUUUUGUUAACCUGGGGUAGCACGGUAGGAAUUCAAUUAAUCAUUCGUUUAGACUCGUAGGAGUAAUGAGAAACUUAAAAACUUGUUUAUUAGAAUAAUUAUCUCUAUGAAUGCCUGCACUAGCUAAUAUUGCCUGAAAUUGAGAAGUCCUUUGCA